AUGAUUAGCGCGCUGGCCUGGAUUCCCAGAGGCGCCGCCAAAGCGGUGCCCGAGAUGGCUGAGCUCUCCGAGGCCGAGUUGGAGGCCAUGAAGGCAGCGGCAGCAGAGGAGGGCGAGGAGCAGCACGAGGAGGGAUCGGACACCUCUGCCGACGAGGAGGACGAGGAGGAGGGCGAGGAGGCGGCUGCCAGCGGGAGUGACAUGGAGGAUGAGGAUGAGGCCGCUGAGGUCGCGAGGGCGCGCGCGGUGGCCGCGUCCAUGCGCAGGAGCCGGCCAGAGGGCGGCGCCGGCGGCGGCGCGGGGGGCGGCGACUACCUGGCAGCUGCCAUGGCUGAGCUGGACAUGGAACACUACGACGACGACAGCGGCGGGGAGGGGGCCGGCGCCGUGGGACGCAUCCUCGGCAGCGGCAACCCCGGCAUGUCAUACCACCGCGACCCGGCAGCCGACCCGUUCCUGCGCUCCGCCGCCGGCGCCGGCGGCAGCGACAGCGACAGCGACGACGACAGCGAGGCCGACGCGUUCCGCCUGCGGGACGACGACCUGCUGGUGCUGGCUGCCAGGAACGAGGAUGACGUGUCUCACUUGGAGGUGUGGGUGUAUGAGGAUGCCGAUGAGCGCGGGCCCGCCAACCUCUUUGUGCAUCACUCCCUCAUGCUGCCCGCCUUCCCGCUCUGCGUGGCCUGGCUUGACUGCGACCCGAGCGGCAGGCGCGAGCGCGCCAACAUCGCGGCGGUGGGCUCCUUUGAGCCAGGCAUUGAGCUGUGGGAUAUGGACGUGGUGGAUGCUGUGGAGCCUCUGGCCACCCUGGGCGGCGCAGACUAUGCGGCGGCGCGGGCGGCGGCCGGCGCGGCCGACCCGGGCGGCGGCGAGGCCAAGGCGGGCGCCUCCGGCGCCGACGGCAAGAAGAAGAAGAAGAAAAAGAAGAAGAAGGGGGCGGCGCCGGAGGUGCCCGUGCGGCCGGGGAGCCACGGCGACGCGGUGCUGGGGCUGGCCUGGAACCAGGCGGUACGCAACGUGCUGGCCUCCGCCUCGGCGGACAGGACGGUCAAGGUAUGGGAUGUGUCUCGCCAGGCGUGCCAGCACACGCUGGGCCACCACGCGGGCAAGGUGCAGGCGGUGGCGUGGAACCCGGCAGAGCCUCCCGUGCUGCUCAGCGGCGGCUUCGACAAGCGCGCCUGCCUGGUGGACGUGCGCAUGCCUGACGGCGGCGUCGUGCCCACGUGGCAGGUCAGCGCUGACGUGGAGGCACUGGCGUGGGACCCGCACCACCCUACCCAGUUUGUGGUCAGCGGGGAGGAUGGGGUGGUGGCCAUGUACGACACGCGGCAGGGCGCCGCCAGCGCGCCGCUGUACCGCCUGAGCGCCCACGACAAGCCCACCUGUGCGCUCAGCUUCUGCCCCGCGGUACCGGGCCUGCUGGCCACCUCCUCAACCGACAAGAAGGUCAAGGUGUGGAGCAUGGCAGACAACAAACCCACGAUGCUGGCAAGCCAGAACCUGCAAGUAGGGGCUGUCUUCUCAAUGUCCUUCUGCGGCGACUCGCCGCUGGUGCUGGCAGCGGGCGGCGCCAAGGGAACUGUGUCUGUGUGGGACCUUUGGUCUGCAGGCGGGGUCAGCGCCUAUGUGCAGCAGCACGCGCCCGCGGUGGCGGAAGCGCGCGGCGGCGGCGGCGCGGCAGAGUAG